CGGUGGCCGUAGUGGGGAAAGCUCUCGGUCUGCGUGGGUGCAGUGAAAUCGAUUCUAGAUGGCAGUACUAGGCAGUAUGGGAGUCGAGCUGGGUGCUGCCAUGGGCAGACGAGCGCCAGGGGUGGGUUUUGCUGGAUUGUAGCCUUUCGAGAAUUAUUUCAUAUCCGGACGGCCGCCGGCCGAUUCCCGGGCCGGAGGUAGAACGGUUGGCCUAGGAAGCUUACGCGAGCUCACUAAUGCCACCACCUUAGAGGAUAUGUAAUGGCAAGAGAGGAGCUGAGAGGCAAGAGGCCCUUUAAGAUAUGGGACAGUUGGCGUAAUAUUAGGAAAAGUCUGGUUGUGACUAGUUUAAAAGACUUAGAAACAAAAGGCAAAGAAAAGCUACAAGUACCAGUGAACGAACCAGUGAGAUUGGUUCUAGAGAGUGACGGCACCCAGGUCGAGGACGGCGAGUACUUCAGGACCCUUCCCAAUAAUACUGUGAUUUUACUCCUCCGUCAAGGAGAAAGGUGGUACCCAACUGGGGUUGACGUAAUACGCACUGCGAUAUCGGCGAUACCGAAAAUCGUAUGUGAGACAAUCCAUGCGUUAGAGCUGCAGGAUGAGAGUCCUUCAUGGAAGAUCAUGGACAAUAAGGGACGUGUCACCGUCGUACUGCAUUGGGAUCAGCAAAGGAAAGAAGCUUCACCUCAGCCUUUGACCGCUCCUCCAAGAAAGCAACCGUCGCUUGUAAUACAGACAAGCGUAGACAGUAAUACUGGAAAAAAAGAGACUGUUAUUAAUGAUGUCUAUCCUCCUAGGUAUCAGGCAAGCCCUCAGAUAACAGUGAUUAAUCAUGAUGAACAGUAUCCUAAACUUCAGCGUGGGAGCGGAUCAGGGUCAGGUUCUUUUGAAGCGACUACAAUCCAUGUACACACUCCUGAGUGCUCGAAUCAUGCACACACGCCCCAGAGGAGUGGCUCACCAGGAAAUUCUGCAACUGAGUGUGAUUUCCAUUGCUGUUCCCUUCACGAGGAAGGACGGAAAAUUGCUGUGCACAAAUCUGUAGCGACCAGCCCGAUCCAAGACUCGCUAUCGGCUUCGCCGUCACCGCACCAUCCGAGGACGGCGAGAUCCGCAAAAGGUCAUGUGAGGUUCUUGGAUAUCGAAGGAGCCAGAAGACAAGAGGACAGCUCAGAAUCGGAGACGGAGGCCGGGACGGAUGAAGCGGUCACAACAGAAAAAUUCCUCCUGCUCAUCGAUCAGUUAUCAGUGGACCAGAAACGGCACCUGACUAUCAAAGACAUUGGCAUUAUUCUCGAGAGGCUCAGUUCGAAGAUCCUCGAUGUCGAACGUCUAGACCGUGAAAGUGAAUCAGAAGAUUGUUACAAUUGGACGAUUAAAGCGACCAUACGCGGUGAUGUGCUCAGAGAACUUGGAGUAAUUUAUAAUGGUAAUUAUUAUGCGAUUUCUGAGCACCCAGGUUACAAAGAGGAGAGUGAAGAUCCUCAGGAAGAGCAUGAAGAUGAAGAUGACAGGAUAUGAGACAAUCCAAGUGUUGAGAGUCACUUAGCACAAAGUAGACAUAGUUUGUUAAUAUCGCUCAAAUCAGUGCGUUCCUCCGCUUUAUACCCCUUCCCUAAAUUGACAGACGCACAUUACUGUUUCAGACUCUGUGUUUGUCUCAUCCUUGGUCUAGUUGGAAAACAAAACGGGUAUUUAAAUUUAUUGUCAAAUGAAAUAAUUUGGGAGGCGGACUGCCAGACGAACACCCAUUUUAUUUCAUUCCUUUGUAUUUUGCCUUUGGUUUUUGGUGCGGCCUGGACAAAUGUCAGGUGUCUGCGUGUAAAUAUUUCAGAUGGACUAUUAAGGACAAUUUUAGAAGAAAAAAAAAUGUUUUGCUCUGUUUUUUAAUCGGUUAUUGGAUAAAAAAUUGAAAGACCGGUUAAUAAAGUGCUCAUCGCAUUUUUAAAUGAAUGUUUUUAAAAUUACAUUUACAUAAAUAACAGUUUCAGGAAAAUUGGGAUUCUCUGAAAAACAGAUCAAUUGAUAAAGUAAUAAAAAAUAUUAUUAA